CUUGGUAAAAGUGGAUUUCACAUCCUGCUUAAUUGUAAUUGCCACGCAACUAGGACUGGAUCGAAAGGAUUCAGAGUGGUAAUUAGCGAUGAGACAGGAUUUCCACGUCUGUUACCUAAUUGCCGCGCAACAAGGGCUGGAUCUGGAAGGUUCAGAGCGUUUCCACUGGAUCCGAAAGGGUUCAGUGUGGUAAUUAGCGGUCAGAUUACAGGCUUGGUAAAUGUAAUUACUGGACUUAGAAAAGCUGGAAAGAGUAUUGGAAAAAGUAUUGGAAAGGAUGAAGUAAAUGCAGCAGAAUCAGCUGCAGAAACCGUCCUUGACUACUUGUAUACUCAUACAUCAUCAUUAUCCUCACCAAAACUAUAUCCAACCCCGAGUCAAAUUUUUUAUACCCUUGCCCAGCCUCGUCCUACCAAUAGUAAUGGCCAAUCUGGCCCAUGGAUAUAA